AUGCCAAGAAACUAUGCAGUGAUACCCUCUCCAACUAAAGGAGUGAGUGCCAAGAGGCAACAACAACAACAACAACAACAACAGGGCGAAACUUCACCUCCUGUUGCCGAGUUAACUGUUAGUUGUGCCAUGACAGAAAUGCGGCAUUAUCACUCUCAGAGUAAACGUCCUGCACAGGAUGCCCAAACAUAUCUUCAGCACCGUGUGGAGGAAAUUGUCAGUCAAAUUAAGAGUUCAAGCAGUGCACAUCAUUUUCUUCGUCACGUAGUGGAGAUUGAUGAACUCUUGCGAUGUGAUGCUCCUAUGGGAUUUACUCCCACUAUGGUUCUUGCGGGAAUCCCAGAUAUUCUCUUUAUGCUUUCUAGAGCCGUUAUGCAGGGUUAUCUCCUGCAGCCCAUUGAAGAAAACAGCACAACAGCUCAGGCACUAACACCAAUUCGCCGAAGUCCCAUCGCAAUAAUAAAUCCUAAAGUAAAGACGACAGUUAUUCCACUUGCAGAACAACGUGGGGUGAAAACCAUUCAUCGUCCAGUUGCCUCUCGCGGAAAUAGUGUACGAUCUACCAAAGGGAUUAGUCUAACUGGAAGUAGUAGUAAUAGUAGCAGUGUGGGUGAUGUCGCUGCCUCUACAAAUGUCUUAUCAUUCUUACCACCACUUGUUCGUCUUCCGACGUCUCCACCGAAUUCCAAUAAUGUUUUGCCUGUUUCUGCAGCUGCAGCCACGGCAGCGGCGGCAAAGACGACAAAUGAGAAUGGACAACGACCAAAGUCAGUAAAGCAAAUACAAGAAAAUACAUCCACAAAGAAUUAUGUAGGCGAAAAGGCAACUAGUGUACGUAAACGAAAAGGUGGUAAUCCAUUAUCUAACGCUUUAUCUGAAACUGGAAUGGUUAUUUUACCUAAACAAGUACAAAGUCCUACAUCAACCUUACGUGAAUAUGAUGAAAGUAACUCCUUACAGUCUACUCCGGUCUUACGAGAUAUUCCUGCAGCCUUACAAGCACUUUUAUAUCACUGUGCUCUUCCUCUUGUUUGUUUAACACCUGAGGAUCACCGUCAACGUAGUGCGGCUGUACGUAUAUUAGCUACAGCGAUGGCUUCUAUGCUACAGGUGACUCCGGAAACCAUGUCUCAAGAAUGGCGUUCCUCUUCCUUAAAAGAGAGUAACAGUGAAGAUAACGGUAGUGAGAAAAAGAAUGGAGAAGAAAAGAGUAUUUCUAUAUCGCAAUCAAAGGAUGUGUCAUUUAAGAUUCGUCAUGCGGCACUUGUAUCUCUCCAUACACUUAUGACCCUUAUUGCCACAGAAGAAUUAACAGAAUUAAAUCAACACUUCUCACCACGUGAUCGAAAACGAUAUAAUGAAGCUAUAACUGAAGAAUAUACAGACCCUUCAAUGACAGGUAACACAAAUGGUAUUAUUGUAGAUCUACAAUUACGAAGACAACAAACGCAACAAAAACAACCUUCUCUUGUUGAAAAAGGAGAUGAAAUGUCUAUAUUAACCGUAUCACCUCAAUCGGAUAGCGCCUCUUCUGGAGAACGGGUAUUUCGUUUAACAGGUUUACGACAAAAAAAUUUACAGGUACCAACAAAUGUACAUGGUAACAAGAAUAAUACAGGACCGUUAAGUAUUUACAAUGAUGCUGUUGCAGUGGAUGUAUUAUCACCUCUUGUAGAUCGAUGGAAUGAACUCUUACAUCAUUGUGUACCACCAAAUGCCCUACUUGACUCUGGACGACAACUUUAUCGUCAUCCAGCAACCAUUGAUGCACCAAGUGUUUAUGAAAUGAAAGAAGGUGAAGAAGAAGCAAAGAUGUCAAUGGUAGUUGUAACAAAUGGUGGUAGCAGGAAGAGAGGUAUUUCCCCUAUAGAAUCUUUAGAUGGAUUGACCGUUAUUGCUCCACGAGUACGUAUGUCUGAAGAAGAUGCGAAAGAAAUUUAUUUACUGUUACGUGUUUGUUUACAUCUUUCUACAUAUAAGCAUCAUGCUCGGUAUCUUGUUGAAAUAGGUAAUGGUAAUGGUGAGACAUCUGUGGGUCUCGCUGUUCUGUUAUGUUUAACCAUUGCCAGAUGUACAGAAGGGGAUCAUUGUCUUCCACUUUGUGUGGAGUGUCUGUGGAAUCUGCUGGAAGUCGUUCCACAGGAAACAGUACAUUCUAUAUUGUAUCAUGUUGUGAACAGGGAUGAUGAUUGGGAGUCAGCCUCACUACUACAUCAGAAAGAAAGUACAGGUAAAAUGUUAGGAUCACUCUCUUUACUUUCAGCAACAGAGUCAUUAUUACAGGGAUUUGUACAAAUACUUCUCUCUGGACAUCGUGUUCGUCAACGAGAGAUACGUAAUGAUAUGGUGAUAUUACUGCAAAUGAUACUAAACAACAGUACGGCAACUAUUCAAGAACAAAUAAAAAACCUUAUGGAAUCAUCAGACGCAGAUAUUCCUUCUCCUUUACCACGAUCAACUGUUAAUGCUAUUAAUACGAUUGCGCUUACAGUAUUUGAUUUAGUUUGUGGUCCUGAGUUACGUAUGAUUGGUAGUACUGCAAAAAUGACACGUCGACCUGUAGAAGAAUUUGUACGUUAUCAUACAGUUAUAUCUCCAACCACACGGGUAGAAAAUAUGCAAUUUAAAUUACUUGCAUGGCGAUUAUUGGAAUCUUUCCACUCUUGGCAAGCUGCUCGUCUUGCUUUAAAGAAUCUUUCUCGACGUAGAAAACAACAAACAAAAUUAUCCUCAUCAGCUACCACUGUUACAAGUGAACAGAAUACCAAUAGUGCUGGUGGUGGUGGUCCAUCUAUUGAUGAUAGUGAUCAUCACAAUGAUGAUGAAGAUUUACUUUUUGAUGUUUGUCGUUGUGGAUUUAUUGAUGUCUUGUUAUUAUAUAUUGAUACCACAUGUGGGGAUGAACUCGUUCUGGCUUGGACACGGGAAGAACUACUUACACUUCAGGAAGAAGCCUGGCGUUUACUAUUAUCUUUAAUGGAAUCAGCCGCUUCUAUAAAAUAUUCUGCUUCUGCAGUUAAAUAUCAAUUAUGUGAUUCCCCGACAAAAAUGAAAGCCACCACAACUACAAUAACAAGUUCACAUAAUAGUGUUAGUAGUCUACCUAAUGCACAUAUGGAAUUUCUAAUCCCUGCGUCAUUAUCAAAUGCUGAUAAUGUUUUUGUUGCUGCUGAUGGUAUUGGAUGUGCCGUACGGUAUAUUCGACAGGCUACCACUGCUGAUGCUGAAAGAAUGGUUUCUCUUGCCGUUCGUGUUUUAUCUGUGAUUAGUCGAACGCCUGCGCAUUUGUGUAAAAUUCUUGCAAGUGAAGCAAUGAAUUCAAUAUCAAUAUCAAGUUAUGGUGAACCCACUCCAUUAUUAUUGAAUGUAGCUAUUCAUAUGGUUAAGAGUCAUUUGAAAAGGUCGUUGCAUAGAGAACCAAUACUAUCCAAGUUAGAAGGUACAACAACAACAACGACAACAAUGACUGGAACAGUAACAGGAAGAGGAGGAAAAGGAGAAAGUAACACCGGUAAAAUAGGAAUGCGUUUACGAAAAGAAAUAUUUCAAAAUACGAAUACUUCUUCCAAGCAUAGUAGUUCUUCUAGUCAUGUGGAAGAAGGUAAGAAAACGGUAGAAGAAAAACAACCCUACGAAAUAACAGCAAAGUCAUCAUCUUCAACAGAGAAAAACAAACGAUGGUAUACUCAAUUAAGGAAUGAUAAUAAUAUAGAAAAAUAUUCUCUCACAGUUCAUUCACAAGAUAUCAUUAAUCACUGUCUUUUAUUAAUGUAUAAUAUCGCUGAGGGAAAUUCUUCUACAGUUUCCUCAGUACAACAGGCUUUCCUUUCAAUGGGUGGGGUAUCACUUUUGUUAUUAUUAUUACGAAUUUCACUCUCACAAUUGGUAUCAUCCUUUGUAUCAUCUGUUUCUAAAGUAAAUGAAUGGGAUAAUGAACUUAUGUCUGCAGUACUCCACUGUGUACGGGCUUUUAUUCUUGGUAAUGUGGCAGCAGAAGAAGAAUUUGUUCAAGAAGAUGGUAUUCAUAUAUUUCUUUCUGUUGUUGAGUUUUUCGCAAAACUCUCUCAGAAUGAGGAUGAAACUAAACCAAUAGAGUACAAUAUUGAAGAAGAUUCUAAUCUUUCUCUUUUACUAUCUAUAUUGGCUGAUCUUCUUCGUGAAUGUCCUCAAGCACGAGAUGCAUUCUUACAAUGGAGUUCCUUAGAAUCACAAAAGAUACGAGAUUUGGACGAUGAUGGUUUUCUCAAUGCGACCCAGUUACUACUACGUCUAUGGAAGGAAGAACCUGUUACUGUACCAACAUGGACAGAGAUGUGCGCUAUUAGAGGAGAAGCAGAAUAUACACGUUAUGAUGUGCAGAACUUACAGGAAGUAAAAGAAGCCUUUGAGUUUGCAGAACAAGAACAACAAGAAGAAGUGGAAGGAGGUAAAGAAACAGUUGUAAAGAAUAAUACAGAUCCUUCUAUGAUCAGUAGUAAAUAUAAGUUGAACAAAACAGGAGAAAUACCUAUCCUUCGGGCUGAUUGGUGGGGUCUUCAACUUAUUGGUUUACAUGGACGUGAGACUAUUAUAAACGAAUUGCAAAAUCGUUUUAAUGAACUCCAAAGGAAUGAAUUAAUGACGGAAGGAUACCAUCUUUCACCGGAUUUAUUAAAACAAGAAGCACGGAAACGUCUUGCUGAAACUAUGUGUCAUGUAUUAGGAUUACAUGUAAAAAUUUAUGCUUGUUUUGCUGCUGUUGGUUUUGAUCGUCUUGCGGAUGUAAAGGCCACAGCACUCGAGCGUGUAAAACUUCUGCAUGUUGCCGCUCUUCCAUCUGUUUGCCGCGAUGAAGUGUGGGGCGCUAUUGCAGAAGCGGUAGAUCUACGCAGUCGUGCGUGGAUUGUACCCGCCACGGGGUCAAGUCCAGAUAAUAAAGGCGUGGAUUCCUCUAAAGAUGAUAGUGUCAAACGAUUUGCCGUUAUUCCCAUUCUCCCAGAUGCGGAUCAACUUGUAAAGGUGUUAUUAGAUGUAGAGGCCAGAGCCCAUGAGAUGCAGCAUCUUGUACGCGUCUGCACAGAUAUGCACACCGCCCAAGAAGACGAAGACACCCGUCGUUUUCUUCUUUCACGUCUACGACAAAGCACAGAUGAUCCUGCAGUGGCAACUCUUGUACAAGAGGCACGAAAAACGAAUGAACAAAAGACUUUUAGUGGUGGUAUUGCUAGAAGUGUUCUUGAACACGUUAUGGACCGCUUUCCACGUCAACAAGACCGUACGAGUUAUUCUGUCCCAUGCAUCUCUGCAAAUGAUAUUACGCUGAGUGAUAAUACUAUUCCAUUACAAAUGACAAUGCUGGAAAAGAAACGAAAGAGGGAUAUGAUGAUACGAAGCAGUAUUCGAGAUUAUAACCACAAAAGCGCAAACGUGGAGAUUUCCAAGAGUAAUACUAUGUAA